UCGUGCUGGCUGGCCCCAGCGCGCCACUGUCCACAGCGGGUGGCUGUUUGUGUCCGUCCAGGGUACGCGGCAGCCCGUCCUGCGUCGACAGUUGCACACCGCCGGCCAUGAGGGGUGCGACGCGGUUCGAGACGUUUCCUGUCAUCAAAGUCGAGCCGGGGCUCGCUCAGGCAGAGGAAAGGAGGAGAAAACGGAGACAGCCUGGUAUGCCACGCAGUCGCAGUUCGGCUCAGAAGAAAAAGAAGCGCAGGGGAAGACCACUGAAAGUCAAGAAACUUUUUCUGGUGUCCAAUGGAAACGGCAUGUGGGAAGUGAAGCAUAAACCACGAUCGGGGAGAACACAAAAUGUUAGUCGGGAGACGCAUCUAGACGAUGUUAGUGAGAGAUCUCUCAGUAAAACCGCUAGUUCUUCGAAAAAUGUAGAGCCAGCGAGUGGAGAAUGGAGCUGUGAUAUUCCGAUAAAUGGAGACCUUCUUCUGGACGGAGACGUGAAGACUAGAGGUUCUCCAAGAGCAAGAAAUAAAUGUUCACGGACCCCAUGCAACACACAAGUGAGGAAUUCCUUGAUUAAUACAGAAGUUUAUGAAUGUACUCAACCAGAGAAUAGUCGUGUUUCCACUUCCGAUAGUAGUUUGAUUAACAACAUUGAUGCUUACGCACCUGCAAGUCCUGAUGACGAAGAAGCAGAUCCUGACGUGGUUAUUGUCGAAGAAGUAGAUGAAAACGAUCCUGACGUCAUCAUUGUCGAAGAAGCAGGUGAAGCAGAUGCUGACGUGAUUAUUGUCGAAGAAGUAACGAACCAGACACUUGGAAAAGAAUGGUGUGCGGAUCGUGGGAGCGAGCCAGUGUUCGAUUUAGGUGCUUCACCUGACGUCCACACAGAAGAAUUUGUUGACACGGAUUGCAGCCGGGAGGUUGUUGCCAUGGAGGUUACAGAAUGCAGUCCAGAGAACUACGCUGGAUUUCCAGACGCAAGGUGGAUAGAGCCGAGUGAGACAGAACAGUGGCGUCAACCGCUCUUGCCUGCCGACCAGUGGGAGCAACAGCCGCUUCGACGUUCACAGCUUGAAGCAGAUUACGAAAUGCCCAAGCAGACACUGUCACAAAUACCACCGUACCCAGGACCGCAGAUCCAGAAGCAACGUAUACUCGAGGAGUUGCUAGAAAUGAAUCGCGUUCAGCUCCCUAGAGCUUCUCCGCAGCCACAAGAGUUAGUUCCCUUGAACGUGUACAGAUGGCACAAGCCUCAAGCGUUUCCCGAACGAUGCCAGAACCGGAACAGCCCGCCCACUUGCCAGUGUGGGUCAGUCCACGAGACAGCUGUCGACAGGCCUGCGAAGACUGUAGAUAGACAGACUUGGUUGCAAGACAGUCGCCUCGUUCUGUGUGAGGAGCAAGUAGAGAAAGAAACUCGUAUUGGAAACGCUUCACAAUUUCUGAAGACGUUCCACGAAGUUCUCUCAGAGUGCGAGGAUGCCGUUCCACACGAAGCAGUGUUCCAGGAUCCAGAGACUCCGUUUCGUCAACACUGCCAGUGUCCCACGGCUCAGCAAGAAUUUUCUGAGAAAUACGAGUUUCAGCACAGUUACGGGACUGUGAAGACGGAGGAAUAUCAGUUCCAGCACAGUUCCAGGACUGUGAAGACUAUCUUCACAAACAGCAUCCCCAGCCAGCGUUUCAUUGCGGCUCAGUCUGUGGCCGUCGAUCGCCAAGUGAUCUACAAAGAAGAGUACAAAAUCAUUCCACAGCCCCAGCUCGAGUGGAACAUUUCAGAUGGGGAUAUUCUAGGCGACAUGAAUAUGGACCUAAAUUUCAGUCGUGGAACGCUGGUGGGCGUCAGUCCAUAAUGACCGACAAGGUGAACUCACCAUUAUCUGCAUGUAUAGGACGUCUCAUCAGAAAGUGGAACACAGCAAAAAUCACAAGGACAAGGAGGGACAAUUUCUUUGAAGUAUGUGUGUCGAUGAAGUGAUGAAGACAUGAAAGUGCCAUAACACAACGAAUUCCUUGACAUAUCACCCAAGACUGCAGUUUAUUUUUAAAAUAAAAGAUUCAUUGAUUUCUAAAAGGUUAAAUAAAUUCAUCCUUCGCUCCUG